CCACCUCAUGUUAAAUCGGUUGACAAUUAACCUGGUACUGGAAGACCAGGAAUGUUAACUGCUUGUUGAAUAUCACAGAUUUUCCUGACCUCUAGACACCAAAAUAUUAGUGGUCAGAAGCGCACAAAUUGUUUAUUGGUUAAAUGUCAAAAUCAAACAUUGGCCCAUUAAGGACUUUUUACCAAACAUGCCAAACAUAUCCGCAACUUCACCAGCGAACUGAGUUGGCUGGCAGUGGCGACACCUUGAGUUUUAAAAGUCUAACAUAAUCUUGCCAUAGACUCCCUUUAAAGGGGGACUAUUAGUAACGGAGCAGGGGGUUAAAUUGGCCAUCUUCAUGUGGCUAGUAUGCACAGGCACUGGGUCAUGUUUGAUUCAGCACUAAAUAUAUUCCAUGUGCACAUACUCUGAGAUAGAAGAGACCCCUAUUGGUGACUUUGUGUAACUUUAUCUUACCUACCUAAAUGCUGCCUAUAGAGUCCCUUUAAAAACCAUACUUCAAUGACAAGAUGAUAUCUAAGUUUUAUAUUUACUAUAGGCAGUGAGCCAAGCAGCUGGUCCUACAAGGGUCAAUGGCAGGCUCUUCUGACAUAUCAGACAACAGCAGUGAAUAGGUGUGUGGGCACAUUUGUUCCAAGCCUGUGGUGCAGCAUUGUGGUGCAGAAUUCAGGCAGGAUGGGAGUAAACUGGAUAUGACCUCGAAUUUUCAUUGAUUUUUGUGUCCGUUUUCGGAUAAUUGCAGUAGUAUACAUGUACAUGUAUAUAUCAGAAGACACCAGAUAAGUGAGAUAGGAUAUUAGGUCAUAUAUAAAUCAUAUCAUCUGGUAACUAUGGUGAUGGUGUUUCAGGUUAUUACAAUGACUGCCAUGGGACUUUGCUGGGCUGACAAAUUCCCCGGCUGACAUGGCUGGCCAAGAGAGUUUUGGUCCCUCGAACGCUCAGCAAGUUAUUUUCCCCUCAAAAUUUAUGAAUGCCAAUUCCCAGGCAGCAUUAUCUGAUGAUGUCAGACUGUCUUUGGCAUCAUUACAUGGCUUUAUGACAUCAGUUAUUAGGCCUGCACAAAAUUGGUUCUGAAGAAGAAUUUGAAUUUUAGAAGCCCUGAAGAAAAGGUAUUAGGGGCCCAAAGAAUGUGUUUUAAUGCCACCAGUGGCAUCCUUUCUUUCUGUGGCAUCAUGUUUUCUGUGAUCCCCAGAAUAACUUUGGGUGCCGCCAGCAGCUCUUGAUGCCACCAUUGACUCUCAAUGCCAUCGGUGGAUAUGCCUGUCAUGCCUGUACUUUAACCAUGCAGACUCCAAAGAUGGCCUUCUUUGAGGCCCUAUUGAUCUCCCUGCGAUGCCUGUUGUGUUUGAGAAUGUGAUUUUCUCUUCGAAACUUUAUUUUUGUCACAAGGGACUCAGUAGGCCUAUUUUGGGACAGGUGACAUAAUCACUUUAUUUGGCAGUUUGCAUUUUAUUUGUUCAUUCUUUGUUUGACACAUUUGACAAAAGACAUGAAAAAUUACAAAUUUCCUAAUCGGUGAAGGAAUGUGUCAGUGAACACUACGUUUAGGUGGUUUGUACAGGGCCUACCUACCAUGAUAGGCACCUUUCAGAGGACAGACUCUUGCAUUGACUUACUGGAGCUUGGGUGGGAUUCUCUAAUUUCUUGUCAUCUUUGGAUAUCUUGGAAUCAGGUUUUUUGUUCCAGCUCAUAGUGUAUCAGAAACUUUUUACAUUGUAGGCCUAUAGUCAGAAUUAACAAAAUAACCCAAUUCUUAGGCCUAUAUCAAAUUCAGUUUUGAGAGGCUUGAAAUAUAAGGCCAUACAUGUAGGUUAGUUCAUUUUGAGUUCUUGUGAAGUAGAGGUUCCCAUUCCCAUUAUGCAGUAAUUGUGAUCAUGAAGCCUUGUGUGUCAAGAUGUGAUUGCUCUUCUUCAAUCAUAUCAGUCCUUAACCCUUUAGAUCCUGGAACAUUUGUAUGCGUUUCCCGGUAUUUCCGGGAGCAUUUCAGCAAUUUUCAUCCAAAAAGACCCCCAGAAGCAUCCCUGUAUGAAGCCAAUGUCCAUAAUAUUUCAUCAAUAGAUCCGAGCCAAAAACCAGCCUUAGUCGCAUUCCUUAAGCAGAGAUGGCGAUUGUGUUGCUCGAGAAUAGGUACCAGGGGCGGUUAGCGGCCGGUUGGGGAUAAAGAGAUGAAAAUCAGUGGCCGGAUAUCGGCCAGUUAGGACUUAAAGGGUUAAGGGGCUAACCUUUGGAAUGCAUCAGUAAACACCUCCAGAGGGCAUUAUUUGUGGGAUGAUAUUGAUCAUAACUUAUGUUAUAUGACUAAAUUGAGCUCUUGUGAGCCGUAGAUGAUGAUAAUUAAUUGGUCCUUAGAACGCGGUGAACAAAAUGUUCACUCUUCCCAUUCUAAUAAACUAGCUUUGCACAGUCAUGAUCAUUUCGCACGAUCUAUCGGUCACGAUUCGAUCAUUUGAGAUAAUCGUUUGCUGAAAAUUCUUCAAUUAUCAUCACUCUGUAUGUCUGUGUGGUGUGUGAACUCUGUGAUGGAAGCAUUAGCGUAUUGGAGCCUCUUUUUGAUACGAGGAGUUUAAACUUGUAGGCCUACAAACUGAUCUUGUGAGAAGUACAUGUACUUACCAUCUCAGCUAGUAUCUCAUUCUGAUAGCAACAGACAACAGGAUUUGUUUAAGAGAAGGCCUACUUACUUGCUAAUUGAACCUAAUCGAUAAUUUGUGCAUCUGAUUUUAAUGGAUAUGUGUGAACUCUUUUCCCAUCUGUUAGUUUUACUGGAAGUGACAUGUGGUCAACUUGGAGUGUCUGUUAGUUUUACCGGAAGUGACAUGUGGUCAACUUGGAGUGGUUUUACUGGAAGUGACAUUUGGUCAACUUGGAGUGUCUGCUUGUUUUACUGGAAGUGACAUUUAGUCGACUUUGGGCACAUUGCAAAAGUAUCUUCAUUUGGCUUCAUGCAUCUGUGCACCAAAGCAACUAAGUUAUGACUAGUUGCGACACUCAGGAACUGUGCUAUUUUAAAAACUUUUUGAUUGCGGUCAACUUGACAAUGUGAUAAAAAGGUUUGAUUAAUUGGACAAAUGUGGAAUUAUUGACAAAACCCUUAACCUUAAGGACGACGCCAUACUAAAAAUGUGACAUCUUUAGGCUAUAAAACUGAUAAGGAAUCAGUUUGUGAGCACUUUCCGUGCAGAACACUCGACUUUUGCUGUUACUCGACUCGGAAUAGGAUCGCAAUGGAUAACCCUGGAUUCUCAUCACAGUUUGACGAAUCGUUCCAAUCACUGGACGACUCGUUCUAUACGACAUUACCGGAUCGGACCAGAUCAGAACGCAGCAUCUACUUUGAUGCAUACGACGAUGAAAUCCCAAACUCGCGCGGGAUGACGCCAAACGGUUUCACGCCGGACUCGAGUUUCAACCAGCCAUCGGCAUUAGACAGGUCUUAUAUGAGCCAGCCAGCGGAAUUAGACAGGUCUCACAGAAUUAGGCCAUCGGAUUUCGACCGGUCUUAUGCCAGUUUAGGUUUGAAUGGUCUUGGACUUGGGUCUUCAAGGUUGCAGCUGAUCAGCGAUGAACCAUCGUCGCUUGAGCCUUCGAUUCGGAGCAGCCGGACAAGCAUGAUGGAUUUGAAUUACAUCGACUUUGAUCGGCAGCCGACGGUGACAUUUGCGACGCAAGUCGAGGUGAAGCAUAUGGAAGCACCAGAAGAGACACCAGCGUUGAAACCUACUGCCUCGUUUCGCUUGAGAAAAUUGAGAAAUGUUGUUCAAGGCCUUGAAGCGAUUGAAGAAAAGAACAUCGAUGCACAGCAUGACGCACCAGAGGGAAGGAACCUUUACUUUGAAGCUGACGCCAAUGACGAAAAGAAGAGACGGAUUGAUUACAUCCUGGCGUACACAAACAAAAAAGAUGACUCAUCUGACGAAGACAAGGAAUCAUCGAAGGAUGGCUGGUGCUCAAGAUGUUUCUCCUACAUGAAGGAUAGUUGCCAGUGUGGUGACUCGGACCACCAUGAAUCACACAAAGUCUCCAAACAGGACAUGAGGGAUAUCUUUGAGAAGAAUCUUAAGGACGAAGGCUUGGAACUCGAGUAUGAUGUUAGGCCGGAAUUAGACCACCAUUUUGUCAAAAUCCACGCUCCGUUUUCACUGCUAGAUCGAUAUGCUGACAUCAUGAAAAUACGGCUACCUAUGAAAGAGCUUCCAGAUAGUGAGGUACUUAAGAUGAAGACUUGCUGGGAUCAGCUGCUUUUAGUGGGGCAGGCCUUCACAACACCAUUCCAGCAGGACCCAGAAAUCAUGCCACCACUCGCGAGGAAAUUCACAUGUGUCUAUAGCAGGGAUAAGAAAUACUUAUUUGCUAGUUCUGACUCCGGUGAGCUCGUCCUCAACAAUACGACGCGGAGUCGAAUUGUGGACUACAUUCUACGGAGGAAGAGAUUCUCAAAUGACAUGAAUGAGUCGUAUAGCUUUGGUAUAAGAAAGUUGCUCAAUGAUGGUGUAUAUUCUGCUGCAUAUCCAUUACACGAGGGGAGUUGGAAGCCCACCUCGGCCAAGAACAAUCGUCAGCUGCUGUAUCAAAACUGGGCAUCCUGGGGCAUGUUUUAUAAAGUACAACCAGUUGACUAUAUCAGGAACUACUUUGGAGAGAAGGUGGCGCUGUACUUCGCCUGGUUGGGUUUUUACACGAUGAUGUUGGUGCCGGCAUCCAUCGUCGGUUUGAUAGUAUUUAUCUACGGUUGUGCUAGUCUUAUGGGUAAUGAAGUCGCGAACGAUAUCUGCUCGAGUUCGGACAUCAUGAUGUGCCCACUCUGUGAUCGCCGCUGUGAUUAUUGGAACCUAUCCGAAGCCUGUCUUCACGCUCGGGUCAGUCAUCUCUGUGACAAUGGGGGCACGUUCUUCUUUGCAAUAUUCAUGUCAAUUUGGGGUACAAUUUUCCUGGAGUUUUGGAAACGAAACCAGGCUGAGAUCAAAUUCAAGUGGAGUUUGACCAACUUUGAAGCGGAGGAACAACCCGCUCGGCCAGAAUACUUGGCUGGCCUCGUUGGGUCGAAUUGUAAGAAGAAGAAAAACUAUAUCACAGGGGCGUAUGAGCCCCACCUUCCAUUCUGGAGGAAACGGGUGCCGAUAUUCUUCAUGUCUUUCUCCAUCAUGAUCUUCUUGGUUCUCCUUGCCAUGGUAUUCGUCGUCGGGGUCGUGGCGUAUCGUGUCUGUAUCCUUGCCGUGCUCUACUCCACCGACAACGAGAUCAUCUAUCGUAACGCCAGUUUGUUUACGUCUGCUACUGCUGCCUGCCUCAACUUGAUCGUCAUCAUCGGACUCAAUGUGGUUUACCGCCGGUUAGCGAUAGCAUUGACGAACAUGGAACAGCUGAGAACGCAGACUGAGUACGACGAUAGCCUCACUCUCAAACUCUACCUGCUACAGUUUGUCAACUACUAUGCCUCUUUGUUCUAUAUAGCAUUCUAUAAAGGAAGAUUCACUGGCAAUCCAUCCCACUACCAGAGAGUAUUUGCCGCCCGGCAAGAGGAGUGUAUGCCCGGGGGUUGCCUCAUAGAGUUGUGCCUUCAACUUUCCAUCGUCAUGGUCGGCAAACAGUUCUUCCAAGCCUUGCACGAGAUCUUAUUUCCAAAAUUUAUGAAGUGGUUUAGGAAAUGGCGGUCAAUAGAAAAGAAGGAACACAAAGUGUUGAAACCCUGGGAAGAAGAUCUGUUUCUUGGGGAUUUGGGUCCAAGAGGAAUAUUUUAUGAAUACUUAGAAAUGUUAAUCCAGUUUGGGUUCCUGACUAUAUUCGUGGCAGCAUUCCCGCUCGCACCUCUGUUUGCUCUCAUGAACAAUAUCAUCGAGAUCCGCGGAGAUGCGCAGAAGUUUGUCAAACAGCUGAAACGACCGGUUGGCAUCAAGCAACAGGACAUUGGCGUCUGGUACGAUGUGUUAUUCGCCAUAUCACGAAUCGCCGUGGUUACCAAUGCGUUGAUCAUAGGGUUCACUUCCGACUUCAUUCCAAGGCUAGUCUACAUCGUACAGUAUAGCCCGACAAACACCCUGGAGGGGUAUUUGAAUCACUCACUCUCUAUAUUUAACACAUCCGACAUGGAACCUGGUAUGGCACCGAUCAACUCACAGUAUAACAUAACACAGUGCAGAUACAAAGCGUACAGACACCCACCGACUGCUGAUGAUGGCAAGAAGUACGGCUACACGGAACAAUAUUGGCACAUCCUGGCUGCUAGAAUAUUAUUCAUUGCCGUCUUCGAGAAUUUUGUUGUGAUAUUAACCAGUAUUAUCGCAUGGCUCAUCCCCGACGUACCUCACAAAUUGAAACUACUGAUUCGACGGGAAAACUACAUUACUAACGAGAUCAUUUUACGGACGGAACUCGAACGAUUCCGCGGGAAUAUUCUGAUCGAUGAUAAGAGUAAGAACUAUCCGCUGAGUGAUGAGGAGAUGCGGUUGAUUCGUCGGACCACGCUGAUGAGAAGUCAGUCGUCUCCGGAUCCGUCGAAUUUGCAGUCAGAGACGAGCGUGUAGCAUCUAUUCGUGGGGGUGGGAAUGUAGUAUUAUUAGUACAGCGAACCUCUCUAUUAAGGACACCCUCAGGACUAACAAAUGCUAUCCUAAACCUCUUCGCUGCUGGUGAUGUGCAAAGCACGUCAUGUACGUGGUCCCCAAUCGUGCGGGUGACGUGCAUACCACGUCAUGUACGUGGUCCCCAAUCGUGCGGGUGACGUGCAUACCACGUCAUGUACGUGGUCCCCAAUCGUGCGGGUGACGUGCAUACCACGUCAUGUACGUGGUCCCCAAUCGUGCGGGUGACGUGCAUACCACGUCAUGUACGUGGUCCCCAAUCGUGCGGGUGACGUGCAUACCACGUCAUGUACGUGGUCCCCAAUCGUGCGGGUGACGUGCAUACCACGUCAUGUACGUGGUCCCCAAUCGUGCGGGUGAUGUGCAUAUCGCGUCUUGCCCUUCUAAAAUACAAAUUCACCAGCCCUUGGUCACAGCGUCUUUGAGCACGCGGAACGCACUCUGGGAUGAUUAGUUUCAUCCCAAUAAUAUAGAUGGCGACACUUUUGAAUAGUAACAACCGCUCAGAUAAAAGUAAGCUUCACUGUUCAUGAUUGGUAUCGACUGUCAGCAUAUGGCGGCGAUGGCCGAAAAGUUGCCACUGUUAAUAGGGAGGUGUCCUGAUUGGAGAGGUAAAAGUGAAUAGAGGCAACUGAUUUGAGACCAUACUAGUGUCCUUAAUAGAGGGGUGUCCGCUAAGGGAGGUGCUUCUGUAUUUCAAAGAUGAAUUUUGACAUUCAUCGUUCAUAUGUUUAGUGUUUAUCUGUCAUAAACUGUGCUGUGAGUGAAAAAAUGACACUAACGUGUGUUAUCUCGACAUUCUGAGCAAACACUUUUGGACUUCAUAUCAUGACAUGUAGUUUCAAGUCAUAAGUCUCUGUACUUGUAUAGGCCUGUGUCACUAUAGUGAAUAGGAAAUAAGUAGGAUUUUAAAGUACCGUAAGCAUAAAAUGCUGCACUUUACUGUAAACCUAGUCAGGAACUGUCACGACAAAAUGGAAGCACCUGCCAUGUAAUGGAAGAGUGAUGCUGAUUUUUGAGUCACAAGGGCUCCUGACCGAUUUUACAGUACCUUGUACUAUUAUUUCACUCUUCAUAGAAAAAUGUAUAUAGAUAGAUUAUUGCUGAUAAGACAAGUGAUCUGAAAGUGAAUGUGAUAUAUUGUACUGAGAUUAGACUUGCCAUAAAGUAUUAAGUUUGUGUACAGGCCUACUGGGAGGCCUAUUCUGUAGCAUUAAUGAUGUGACAAAGUCAGACCGGUGAGUUUUCAAAGGGCCGUGUGCUACCAUGUUUUUCAUUCCUAAAUGGCUUCCAUUAACAAACCGUCACUUACCAAAAUGAUAUCCUCUGAAAAAUAGUCCUUGACAGGACAAGAGAUGAGACUGCAUGCGCAUCCCUCCGUAUCCCUCCAUAUCCUUCACCAUACGCUUUUAAAAUUGCACACACAUUGGGGUCUUGCUUGCUAAAACAUGCAUAACUUUGCUGCCCGCUUGCAUAAUGUAUUGAGAUGAUGCCUAGAACUGCUAUGUUCUUUUCACAUUAAAGUGUUCUGUCUCAGCAUUCUAGUUGUGCCUUCCUCAGAAUACAAAUUGUAAUCAAACUCUGCCUUAAACCAUCACAGCAUUUUGUAUGAUACCAAAAAUAUAAGUGAGCCUUUUAUAUUUUUGAUAAUACUUAUCCCAACUUGGUGAUUUUAGGCUCAAUUAUGAGGCUGUUCUUGAAAGAACAUGAGGUAGGGGAAUAUUUGCAUGGUGGGAAGGGAAUGCUUGUGGCAUGAAAUGCCAAGCUAAAUAGUUCAAAAGAAACUUUGUCUUAACCGGUGUAAAGGUUAAUCAGAAAUUUUCUCCCAUUUUUUUUUCUGUUAUGCAAUAGAUCUGCUUGAAGAAGUAGAACCUCUGUAUCAAACCAGUAAAUUGAAUUGUGGUUUAGAUAGUAUUUGUACAUAAUAUUGUUGAUAGAAUUUCUUACAGUCUGUUCCGACUGGCUGAUGAAAAGAUUCAUGAAACGCAUUAGACAGCUAGGGGUAGGAGAUCGAUGGAAUUUAUAGCACUGAAACUUAGAACUGCGAAAAGCUUUGACAGGUGGCAUCUGGGGAAAAUGCCCGAGGGCUGGUUACUCCUAAUACGUGGCAUAAUAGAUGUACUGUUUCAUAGGACAGGGCCAAAUGCCCUACUGGAUGCUUGAUUGCUCUCAAUUCAGUAUAUAUUUAUCCAUAUCAUCUCAGACCUUUUGUUACUGUCAGGGAACUUAAGAUUUAUCAUAUCCUGAUUAUAGUCUAGAUUGAGGCUAAAUUUUGUGUCAUGUCAUUUUAGCCCUUUGAAUUAGAAGAAGGUGCAAACCCGGAAACACUUGCAUACCUUUUAUUUUCGCACUUACAAAUUAUACCGGUAACUGCAAAAAUACAUGGCUUGGAAAUAGAAAAUGCGAUGGAAAUUACUGUUACCCGCUAGGGUUGUUGUCGAAAGUCAAAUUAAAAGUACACAAAGAUUGCUGUUCCACAAUUUUUGAGAAUGAAAUGGAUGCAAAUAUUUCCAGGUUUACCAGUACUAUUUUCAUUUUGAUGUGAGAUAUGUAUAAGAAUACAUCUCUAUCAUGUUGUUAUGUUUUCUAUUAAAGAACAGAUG